AUGGCAUUGGGAAUGGACAUCGUCGGGCCUAUUGGUCCAUCAGAUUCCAAUGGACAUCGUUUCAUCUUGGUUUCCAUCGAUUACUUCACCAAAUGGGUGGAAGCAACUUCCCACAAGUCGGUAACCAAGAAAGUUGUGGCUGAUUUCGUUAAGAACAAUCUCAUAUGCCACUUCGGUGUACCUGAGUCCAUCAUCAUAGAGAACGGAGCUAAUUUAAACAGCCAUCCGAUGAACAACAUCUAUGAGCAAUUCAAGAUAACUCACAGGAACUCUACUGCUUACCGACGACAAAUGAACUGUGCUGUAGAGGCUGCCAACAAGAACAUAAAGAGGAUCCUGCGAAAGAUGAUCAACAACUACAAGAAUUGGCACGAGCAGUUGUCAUAUGCUUUGUUGGGGUCCAGAAUGACCACCCGAACGUUUACUGGGGCAACUCUAUAUCUCCUUGUCUACGGCACAGAAGCGAUCAUACCCGCGGAAGUGGAAAUCCCAUCAUUAAGGAUCAUUUUAGAAGCUGAGCUGAACGAUGCAGAAUGGGUCAGAAACCGUUAUGAGCAACUGGCCAUGAUCGAAGAGAAAAGAAUGAUGGGAGUAUGCCACGGGCAGCUAUAUAGACAAAGGAUGUCUUGA